AUGGAUGCUAAUACCAACAUUACAACAACUAUAUCAGAGACGAGACCUCACCUGGCUAUCUUUGGAUGUAAAUUAAUUAUUGAUCAAGUUAAUCACUAUGUUGAAUUCAACGAGUAUCCGCAGACAUCUGAAACUGGUGUUGCAACAGUCUAUGAUGUUUCUGCAUGGGAACCUGAAGAAGCCAGAAAAGCUUUUGCCUUAAAAAACAUACAGUACUCGAUUGGUGAUCUAGGAGUUAAAGCAUGUGAAUAUGCAUCACAAGAACUUCACACGCCACACACUGAAGUUGAUUUUGAAGGUCAACUUUUUAAGCAUCUCUUUGACGCACAUGAAUAUUCCAUUAGUAAGCAAACCCUUGGGAAAUUUGUUGCAGCACACAAUACUUCGUGUCCUUAUCUGAAUCCAGAGACAAACCAAUACUGUACAGGCAGUCCUAAGUUGUGUGAACAUAAUCAG